CGAAAGCAUUUAGAGUCAUGUGUUUACUUGUAUUCUUACAUCAUGAGAAUUGAUUGUUACCAUGCUUUUUGUAAUCUUCUUCCCGGUUAAUUGUUGUUAAUUAGUGUUUUUUUGUUCCUAAUUAUCGCUGUUUAAUUGGUAACAUUUGUCUUUUUUUCUUCUAUCUUUCAAUUAAUUUCUAUCAACUGAGAUUUUCUUCAUCUUUAAUUGUGACCUUUUGGAUCUGUUGAGAUGGAUAAAAAUAAUGCUCAUCUUAAGACUUUCAUUGCUGGAGGUCUCGCUGGAAUGGCCUCAAAAACAGCGGUAGCUCCGUUAGAUCGAGUCAAAAUACUACUUCAAGCUCAUAAUGAGCACUAUAAGCACAAUGGUGUAUUUAGUGGCCUCAAAGAUAUUGUUCAACGUGAAAAGUUCAGUGGACUCUAUCGAGGAAAUGGAGCUCAAAUGGUUAGAGUUUUCCCAUAUGCUGCUGUUCAAUUUUUCACUUUUGAAAUAUACAAAAAGUAUUUACGUGAUAAUUUUGGAAACAAUCAACUAUUCAAACUGUGUGCAGGAUCAGGAGCCGGUAUAACAGCGGUCAUAAUGACUUAUCCAUUAGACUUGGUUCGAGCUCGUCUUUCAUUUUCCGUUGAAUUUUCCUCGACCAAUGGAACCGUUACAACGGGACUUUUUUCAUCUCCCCCUGGCCUAAGAAUCUGGACAUGUAUCAGAAAUAUAAUACAUAAUGAAGGUGGUCUUUCCGCUUUAUAUCGAGGCAUGACACCCGCUCUCAUGGGGAUCGUACCUUAUUCUGGUCUUUAUUUUUAUACAUUUGAAGAGUUCAAAAUAUUUGUAUUGAAACAUUUGCCUCAUCUCUGUGGAACCCGAAAAGAUGACAAACUAUUUUUAAAUAUACCUUCGAAGCUCCUUUGCGGUGGACUUGCCGGAGCUGUUUCACAAUCUUUCUCGUAUCCAUUGGAUGUGGCCCGACGACGGAUGCAGCUCAGUAUGAUGCAACCAGAGACAGUUAAAUACAGUAAGGGUGUUUUACCAACGCUAAUUUUGACCUACAAAGAACACGGAAUUGUAAACGGACUUUACCGAGGAAUGUCUGUCAAUUAUUUAAGAGCGAUACCAAUGGUUGCAGUCUCAUUUAGUGCCUAUGAGAUAAUCAAACAAUCAUUAGGAUUAGAUACCAGUGUUAAUGCUUAAGAAAUUGUUUUGAAUUUUCAUGGUAUUUUUGUUUUUGCCAAUUUGUUGUUGAGAAAAAAAAAUCGUUAAUAGUCAAUAUUAAAUCUCAUUUAGUUGAAGACAAUUUAUCUAAAGGUAAAUAAUCAUAAGUGUAAC